CUGACGUUGAAGUUGUCUACUCAGAUUUCGUGCACAGCAAAGGAUAUUUUCAAAGCUAGAAUAAUCGGCUCAAAGAUGACGCCCAGCGGGACCAUUAGGGGCGCUGCUCUGCUGGCGCUGCUGUGCCUGGUUCUGCAGUCUGGCACAGCCUCAGCCUUCUGGAGCGUUGAUGACGUGUUCGGCUUUCAAAAUCUGCACAUUUCGGCACUGGUUCGAGAAAAGCGAGCUGCUAGUUCUAAUUCAUACAACGCUAUUCUACGCGUGAACUUCACAUCGGUGAUAAAGAACGAGGCCGUUAGGAAUCAAACUGUCGACUCCAUUGUUCAAGAACUGCAGCAAAGUUUUGAGCUGAGAUGGCCGGGAAGCGUUAAAGUGGAAGUAGAGAA